AUGAGGCCCGCCCCCCCCGCCGACGGCGGGGAUGCGAAGCCCGAAGGCGCCGCGGCCCCCAAGGACACCCCCAAGAAGAAGAAGAAGUUCUCCUUCAAGAAAUCCUUCAAGCUGAGCGGGAUCUCGUUUCGGAAGAACAAGAAAGAAGCCGGGGACUCCUCCGGGUCCUCUCCCACGGAGGACCAAGGCAAGGCAGAGGCCAAGGGAGAGGCGAACCCCGCUGGCUCGGGCAGCGGGACCGAGCCGUCGGCUCCCCCCGAGGAGGGGACAGCGGAGGAACCGGGGAGCGGCGGGGAGAGCAGCCCUGCCGAUGAUGAUGGGCAGCAGGGAGCCGAGCCCAAGAGGGAGGAUGCAGAAGCAGAAGGCAAGGAGGAAGAGAAGCAGCAGCCGGGGGAAAGCCACGGGGAUCGAGCCAAACCAGAGGAGCCCUCAAAACCCGCGGGGCCUGAGCCUGCAACAGCUCCGGCGGCGGCGGAGCAGAAGGAAGAGUAG